AUGGAGCAAGCUGCUCGGGCAACCUUUGAGAUCAGCAACAACGUUGCCACGGUCGACCCGGCUGAGCUCGUCUUCCUAUACAGUGUCGAGGAGGAGCGUCAGCUGGAAGGCCAGGCGCCAUGGGAGACUGAUCCUCAUUACUUCCAGACCGUCAAAAUCUCUGCGGUCGCUCUGAUCAAGAUGGCAAUCCACGCGCGCUCCGGUGGCCAGUACGAGAUCAUGGGUGUCAUGUACGGGCGUGUCCGUGACCACACCUUCUGGAUCACCGACGCUGUCGCUCUGCCAGUACAGGGGACCGAGACUCGCGUCAACGCUGGAAAUGAGGCCAUGGAGUAUAUGGUCGAGUUCCACUCUGCCCGCAAUGCAGCGGGCCAAAAUGAGAAUCAGCGUGGCUGGUAUCACUCCCAUCCUGGAUAUGGUUGCUGGUUGUCCGGCAUCGACGUCGACACUCAGAUGACCAACCAGACGCAUCAGGACCCGUACCUCGCCGUGGUCAUUGACCCCAACCGCACCGUCUCGGCUGGCAAAGUCGAGAUCGGCGCCUUCCGUACCUAUCCUCAGGGCUACACGCCACCAUCAAGCGGCUCGUCCGAGUACCAGUCCAUCCCCCUCGACAAGAUCGAGGACUUUGGUGCACACGCGAAUGCCUACUACCCUCUCAAGGUGGAGAUCUACAAGUCGAAGACGGACGAGAAGCUGCUCGACCUCCUCUGGAACAAGUACUGGGUCGAAACGCUGAGCCAGAGCCGCAUUCUCUCUAACCGCGCCUACACUACAUCGCAAGUUAAGGAUCUGAACGCCAAGCUGCUCGCCGCUGGGGACAAAGUCGGUGACUCGACAGCCGAGCUCAGACUCAAACCUGCGCCCGCUGGAACUGACGAGGGGUCCAAGGACGAGUUCCACGGCCUCGAGAUCAAGCCGUCUGUGCUCGGCGACCCAGUGAAGGACAGCACCCGUAUUACUAACGAGGUGAGGAACGGCAUGACGGCGAAUGUGAUCAAGGCCAAGCUCUUCAACGAGGGUGUCGACAAGGUCAUCUCGCCUGCCGAGGCCCGUGCUGCUGCUCGUGGGCUGCAUGUCGGUCAUGCUUAA